CGCCACCGCCGCCGCCACCACCACCCACCCCUCUCGGCUCACUGUAGAGCCCCCCCACCCCAGCGGUCAGAGAGAGAAGGAGCAAGUGUGUUCAUAGCAGCAAAGGCGGCAUGGCGAGCUACAGCGAUGCACACCGGCUGUUUGUGCAGGGCAUGAUGAGCCGCCGGUACUUGAAGGAGAGCGCCGUCGAGGAGCUCUACCUCAAGGUGGCAGCGCGACUGGGCGAGCUAGAGCCACUUGAUACUUUUGUCAGGCAGAUCAACCAUGAGCUUGCGACGGUGGAGAUGGUGGUGAGGACGGCGCGCGACGAGCUUACGGGCGAGACGUUUUACGGGCUGGUGGGCACGUCCAAGAAUGCGACCAUGGCGACGGCAACAACGUUCAAGCGGGCUGAGCUGGAGAUGUUUGAAGUGGUGCUGCAGUUUAUGAUUGGCGGCAAUGGGUGGCUCGACCAGCAGCAGUUCUUCCAACAACGCCAGCAGGUGAAGAUCAGCGAGCGCGAGUCGCACGCCCUGCUCAUCGAGCUGAAGAACGAGGGUUGGCUGCAGCUAAUCACGCGAGAAGUCGACGGCAAAGUGGUCGAGGGGUACACGCUCGGCUCGCGCGGGUUUGUUGAGUUUCACGACUACUUGUUGUGCGAGGAGCUGGUCUCCACCUGCGAGCUCUGCAAGACUAUUCUGUUCUACGGCGAGAGCUGCGGCAACGAGAAGUGCGAGGCUGUGGCCCAUGUGGCCUGCCUCGCCACCUCGAUGCGCAAUGCGCAGGCGUUUGGCUGUCCGGCGUGCCACACGCCGUGGCCACGCCUCGUCACUACUAGCCCGCUCCCCAGCCGUGGGGCGGAAUAACACAUAGCUCAACAGGACA